UAUUGUAUAACAUACAUCACCUAUAGUUUCGUUUGUCCAGAAGUGAAUAGAAAUUCCCGAUUCUGUUUUAUAUUUAAUUUCCAACCCCAAGUUGAAAUCAGAAAGAAACCUCCAUACAUUCAAACCUUUUUAAAGUAACCAAUCGACAUGUUUUAGUCUUUGCCCUUAACCUAGCAAAACUAAUUGUACGAGUCAUCUGAUCUAAACUAUUUAAACUUUUUUUUAUUGGAAAUCACGAUGGAAGCAAUGGAAGUAGUUUUGCCUGAAAAGGAAGAAGGAAGCCCAUCAGACACAACAAAGCAAACUCUUCAAGACCUAGACACUGAAGAUUUAUACACGAAGUAUAAAAAACUUCAACAAAUGCUGGAAUUUCUAGAAGUACAAGAGGAAUACAUCAAGGAUGAACAACGGAACCUUAAGAAAGAAUACCUGCAUGCCCAAGAAGAAGUUAAGAGGAUUCAGUCUGUUCCUCUUGUGAUUGGACAAUUUUUAGAAGCUGUAGAUCAAAACACAGGUAUUGUUGGAUCGACAACUGGUUCUAAUUAUUAUGUGAGAAUUUUGUCCACUAUUGAUCGCGAGUUGUUAAAACCAUCGGCAAGUGUUGCUCUGCAUAAACACAGCAAUGCUUUGGUUGAUGUUUUGCCACCGGAAGCUGAUUCGUCUAUCAGUAUGCUCCAAGCAGAUGAAAAACCAGAUGUUAGUUAUAGCGACAUUGGUGGAAUGGACAUGCAAAAACAGGAGAUAAGGGAAGCUGUUGAAUUACCGUUGACACAUUUUGAACUAUAUAAGCAAAUUGGCAUUGACCCCCCAAGAGGUGUGUUAAUGUAUGGACCUCCAGGGUGUGGUAAAACUAUGUUAGCUAAGGCAGUUGCCCACCACACAACAGCCGCAUUUAUUAGAGUGGUUGGCUCAGAGUUUGUUCAAAAAUACCUAGGAGAAGGUCCACGCAUGGUCAGAGAUGUAUUUCGUUUAGCCAAAGAAAAUUCUCCUGCAAUUAUUUUCAUUGAUGAAAUUGAUGCAAUCGCUACAAAACGAUUUGAUGCUCAAACUGGUGCUGAUAGGGAAGUACAGAGAAUUCUCCUGGAACUUCUGAAUCAAAUGGAUGGUUUUGACCAAACAACUAAUGUUAAGGUUAUCAUGGCUACAAAUAGAGCUGAUACUCUGGAUCCUGCUUUACUUAGACCAGGACGAUUAGACAGAAAGAUUGAGUUUCCAUUGCCAGAUAGAAGGCAAAAACGAUUGAUUUUCAGCACAAUAACUUCCAAAAUGAAUUUGUCUGAAGAAGUUGAUUUGGAGGAUUAUGUUGCCAGACCUGACAAGAUAUCUGGCGCUGAUAUAAACGCUAUCUGCCAGGAAGCAGGAAUGCACGCAGUGAGAGAAAAUCGGUACAUUGUAUUGCCUAAGGACUUCGAGAAGGGCUACAAGAAUAACAUUAAAAAGGAUGAAAGUGAACAUGAAUUUUAUAAAUAAUUCCCUAAUGAAAGCAGAUUUUGAAUUUUACACACAAGUUGAACUGAAAAUUUUCCGAAU